GUACUUUACUACGACUACUUUUUUAUAUAUAUAUAUAUUGAAGACUUAUAUAUGUGAGAUGAUAAACAGAGUACGACAGUCAGUUCAGCAAAGUCAGAAAUUCAGAAUGAUGCGCCAGUUAUUUUUGCUAGUCUUGGCUUUGAUUGUUCUAACUCAAACCACUCACGGAGCCUCUAGAUGUGAAAUGGAAAGAAAAUUUGAACUUGAAAAUGUGAGGCCGGGGAGAUUUGUACCUCGAUGCACUGCAAAUGGCGACUACCGUAAGGACCAGUGCAAUGGUUCCACAGGGUAUUGUUUUUGUGUAGACCCCAAGACUGGCGAGCGAGUAGGCCAGGCAAAAAGGGGAAGAGUACACUGCAACUAACGCUGAUUCUCACUGCGUUUGUAACGGUUGAGAUAAAAAAUGAGAACAACCAAAAAGGAAUUAUUAAAUAAAA